AUUACUGGAACGAGCACUCGGCCUUUUCAGCUUACAGUGGAAAAGCUGGAAAAGGCCUUGCAGGAUGCCAGGUCAGAGGGUGUCACUGUAAGGGCCUUAAUUCUUCUGAAUCCCCAAAAUCCCCUCGGGGACAUCUACUCCUUGUCAGAGCUACGGGAUUACCUGGAAUUUGCAAAGAGACACGAAUUGCAUGUGAUAGUAGAUGAGAUCUACAUGCUGUCAGUUUUUGAUGAAUCAGCCACGUUUCACAGUGUCCUAGGCAUGGACAGAUUGCCUGAUCCACAGCGGACUCAUGUGAUGUGGGGAAUAACCAAGGAUUUUGCGGUCUCUGGGAUUCGUUUUGGUACUUUAUAUACAGAGAACCAAGAUGUUGCUGAUGCAGUGGCUUCUUUGUGUUAUUUCCAUGGGGUUUGUGGACCUGUCCAGCACAAGGUUGCACAGCUGCUUAGAGACAGAGAUUGGAUCAACCAGGUAUACCUGAGGGCCAACCACGCCCGUCUGAAAGCUGCCCAUACAUAUGUGACAGAUGAGCUGAAGACACUUGGAGUUCCUUUUCUCAACCGCAAUGCAGGCUUCUUUGUCUGGAUCGAUUUCCGAAAGUACCUUAAGACAGGCACAUUUGAGGAGGAGAUGCUGCUCUGGAGACGUUUUCUAGAUAACAAGGUCCUCCUGUCCUGUGGUAAAGCCUUUGAAUGCAGUGAGCCUGGAUGGUUCCGUAUCAUCUUUGCUGACAAGACCCACCGGCUACAGUUAGGUAUGCAACGGAUCCGCAAGGUUUUAGAAGAGCGGGAGCAGGAGAUACUGGCUGAGGAGAAGGAGCAGCCUUGUCAGUCAGAUCAGGAUGGCAAAGCAGAUAGCACAGAUGAAGUCAUUUUUGUGUCCCGCCACCAGGAGCCUACCUGUGCAAGUAGCUCCAACCUUGGAGACCUCAUUGGCCUCCUGCAGCAACAGAUGCGUUCAUCCGACUGGCUACAGAAAAAUACAGCUGAGCAGUUUGCACAGGAAAAGCCAGAGAUCUACGAUGUGUUCAGCAAACUGCUGGGGAAGCAGUAGGGGUCAGUGUGCCUUCAGGGGGUUUUCCUGAGCAGUGACUGACCCUGGGCCCCUAACAGCUCAGCAGUGACUUUUAGCAAAUAAUAUAUUUUCUGUAUAGCAAGAAAAUCACUUUGUAAAACCCCUCCUCUCCCGCCCUGUUUGAAAUCUCUAAUUUGUAUUAUAUAGGUGCAUUCCUUGGAUUGGGGUGAGGGCAGGGAAUAGUGGGGAUCACGUUUGCCUGCUGUCCCCUAUCCUGUGGCAUAAUUGUAUUUUAUAUUUAAUUUCUAAUGAAUAUGC